UGUAAGAAGCUGGAACAGUUUUUGGCUCAAAGCUUGUUCAGCACCCAUCUGAGACAUAACAAGCUUGACAAGCUUUUGGGGUUAAUGGUUACCAUGAGCACAGUGGUAAGAGAAAUGUGUGUGGCUGAGAGACCAGGAGAAACCUUUUUGGCUAUUGCUUCUUUUGGGCAUUCAAGCUGACUUAUGGGAGUCCUGUCAGAGGAGACGACCACCAUGCAGCCAAUGUGCAUACCUAGCAGCUCACCGUGCAAUAAUCACAUGAUCAACUGCCAAUUACCCAACUGACAUGCAUGUACUAUGGGUGUGCUGUUGCCCUGAUAAACAAAAUGUAAGUAUCCCUGAUGAACCAAGCAGAAGUGCGCCUGACAACCAACUGCUCACUCUGGCGACCAAAAAGAUGCUAGGGAGAGAAUAAAAACCCAUGUUUCAAGGAAGAAGGAGUACUCCCUCUGCCAAACUGCUGAGCAAGUCAACAAAAUAUUGCUAACCAACUUGCUGCCUUCCUACAGACCAACAAGACAUUGCUGCAUCCCUACUGGAGACUAUCCUUGCUUGGGAAACUGUUCCUGGAUCCAUCAUGGCAUCCCCCAUGAGGAGCCUGCUGACAGACCUCAGCCGCUACGUCCGCUGUUUUCACGUCUUCCUGGCCAAGUCUACUGAGCACCAGACCAUGAAGCAGUUUGUGGAGCAGCAGCUGCCAGGCCUGCUGGCAAGUACUGGAAGUGGGAAGUCUGCAAUCAAUAUUCUAAGUGUUGGUGGUGGAGCAGGUGAGAUUGAUCUGCAGAUCAUCUCAGCUGUGCAAGCCAGUUAUCCAGGUGUUGCCAUCAACAACGAGGUGAUAGAGCCAAGUGCUGAUCAAAUCCUCAAGUACAAAGAACGUGUGGCUGCAGCCUCAAACCUCAACAAUGUAAAGUUUACCUGGCAUGAGGAGACAGCUAAUGAAUAUGAAAGUCGAAUGAAGUCAGAAAAGAAGUCUCAAAAAUGGGACUUCAUUCACAUGAUUCAGAUGCUGUACUACGUGAAAGACAUCCCUGCAAUUAUCCGAUUCUUCCACAGCCUCCUGGAUGCACAGGCAAAGCUCCUCAUCAUCCUGGUGUCAGAAACCAGUGGCUGGGAAACGCUCUGGAGGAAGUAUGGGUCUUCCUUUCCUACCGAUGACCUCUGCACUUAUGUGUCCUCUGCUCAUAUCAAAGGGAUUCUGGAUUCAGUUGGGCUGAAGUACAAGAUCUAUGAGCUCCCAUCCCGCAUGGACAUAACUUGCUGCUUUGCUGAAGGGGACAACGAUGGGGAGCUGUUGCUGGAUUUCUUGACAGAAACCUAUGAGUUCUCAAAAAAUGCUCCUCCUGAACUAAAGCAGCAGGUACUGGAAGAAUUAAGAAAGCCUGGUUGCAGUGAAAAGAGAAAUGGGAAGGUGUUUUUUAGUAACAACAUGAGUGUAAUAAUGGUUGAGCCUUGAAUUAAGAAAAGCAAGUGGUCAGAUAGAAAAUAUUAAGAGUUGAAGUAGGUAAAUAUAUACAUAUAUAUAUUCUUUACAAAUGGUUCAAUUUACUUCCACAUAGUUUAUUUUUUGGAGUCUGUUAAGAAAUCAUUGAUAACAUCUGCUGUUAGAAGUGAUCUUUAAAACUCAAAUUAAUUCUGUACUAAUCUAUGAACGUGUAACUCAGCAGUAAAUUGUGUUUUGUCAUGUUGAUAUGGUAUAAUCAGAUGUAACUUGGAUCAUCAGUUCAAACACUGCAGAAACCUGACCACUUCCUCUCGCUGAUGGAUAAGAAAUAAUCAAGAGCUAUACGUGGUUAUGUCAUAUGCAUUUAAAAACUUUCAGCAGACAAAGUACACACAUUACAGCUUCUUGGUGCCACUUGCAAGACUGGAGGCUUGAAACAGCCAACUGCUUGGGUGGGUGCUGAAUAUCUCGAGAGUACCUUAAGCUUGUUGUGACUUCAAGAUCUUAUGCCUCCAGUUACCAGGAAAGUGACCCAAACCUUCUGCAUGUGUGACAUUUGCCUGCUCCUGCCUCCACAUGCAGCUCUGUGUGAUAGCACUACUUUCCCCUUCCUGUAUUUUCACUUUAUACUUAUGAUAUUGCAACAGCAGAGUCCUUUCCCUGUGGUUCAUAUAUAUGGCAGCUAUGCGUGCUGAGAGCCUGAUUGUAAGGCUGGGCCAUAAAAGCACUUUGGGUACUGGGUCCAUACUGGUACUGAAAGACGGAAGCAACUGAAGGUAGUCAUGGCAUAGGACUAUUAACAACCAACUUGGAGGGGUGGAUUUCACUGGUGCAAAGCCUUGGUUAGGAAUCAGCUGUUGCUGUCUCUGCUCCGGUAAUCAAUGCAUUUGUUUUGCUGAAUGCUUUCAUGGUUUUAAGAAGGGCAGUGCUCUCUAUAAGGUGCAGUGCAGAGUGGAAUGAGAUACAGCCGCUUGGAUGAUUUUAAUAGUCUGAAUGCUUGGUGUAUCCAGGGGGAUAGGUGUGAUGCCUGCCACUGAAAGAGUUUGGUUGAGUGUGGGAACAGUGUACUUUAGCUAAUGCUUCAGUGGCGUGAAUUAAUGUUUUAUUUCUACGUAUGCAUUUCUGAUACAAUGUAGAUUAUCGAAGAUUUGAGGUGAUUUACAGGAGAAUGCAUCAGACAUUAAUACCCAUUUCUGCUCAUUUUAGGGUGAAGUAUUUGAAACACACGCUUUGCCUAGUGAUCAAAUAUUAAUUCCAGUGUGUUUUAGAACAUUUCCACAGAAUUUCUCAGCUGUUGAACAGAAUAAUAUCUAUUGCCACUUUCACACAGUUUCCUGCAUUAGGAGACCUCAGUACAUCUAUAAGCUGCUACAGUGAUGUGCCAGAAAGGGAUAGAAAGAAAAUCUCUCAUUAGGACAGCUUCCUGCAUGCAUCUCUAAUGGAAAACAAAUUAAAGCUGCAGCUAUUUCCAUAGCUCUUUUGUGUCAACGACCUCUUCUAAGUGGUGCCCAUGGAGGCAGUGACCUCUGUAUAUUGCCACACCGACCCUGGCAGAAGUGAUGUGUCUUUUGGAGGCCCUCAGAGGCCAUGACAAACAAAAAAGCCUAACAACAACAGCCAACAAGGGCUGCACGGCCCAUUCUGUGAUUUUGCAGAGUUUUGAAAUAGCAGAAACAAGCGUUUUAGAGUCUUCUGGGGAGGGCUGUUCUGAAAAUUCGGGAAUGGUCCCACCUUGAGGUUGAGCAGGAAAAGAAGAUAAACAACAGAGAAGGUUCUAAAGAGAUGAGAUAUGACAAAAAAGAGAAAUGGAAAGGAGAUUCAAAAGAUGAGAAAUGGAGCGCUUGAUGGGUGCAUGCCAUUAAAUGGGGCCUUAUUUCAAAGCAGAUUUCACUGGGGAAAUGGCACUGUCGCCCCAGGCUGGAGAGGAAAACUCCUUAUCUCCACGCUAUGGGAUCCUCUGCCACGGUUUUGAUUUCUGAGAACCUUAGUGAAAAAAAGGGGGUAAAAUGCAGUGAAGUUCAUUCUGCAGAGGUGGCUGCUUCUGCUGGGCUGAGGGAAGACUGUGUUACAAAAGAAACCUUAAGGGAUGCAUUGUUUUUAAUUUUAAAUUUGUAACACACACAUUUCCAAGAAGUAAAUGCUGCCAGUAUUAUUUAGUAGGAAAUGAGCGUGGGGGGAAGACAAUUUUACAUUCAUUUGAAUAUAAAAUCUUAUUUAAAUCUCUCUUUUGUAUAUCUCUCAAAUGCCUCCCUAAUAGCCUGAAGUGCCACAUCUUCAUGUUAGCAUCACCCUGAAUUGCACAGCACAAUGCUGCUGCUCCAGAGCAGGCUUGAGCAGUCCAACCCCAGUGCAGACUGGGAUUUGUAUGGCAGUUUUGAUCUUACCUGCAUGCUUUCCACGUGGAUUAGCUGCUUUCCUCUCAGAAAGCCCACCUUAUCUCAGCCAGCAGCCUUCUCUUCUAAAGGCACUUUUCCAGACCUCACUCUUUGCAAACCCAUGGGGGCCAAUGGGCCAGAUAUGCCUUGCUCACACUCCUAUAAGCUACAUUUAUACCUAUAGGGUGUAUUUAUAUGCUUUUUGCACAGGCUUGCUAAGAGCAAUGGCCUUACGCUGUCAUAAAACAGACUGAAACACAAAAGGCUUCAGGCAGCUUGUGUUAAAGACACAUCAGUCAGGAUCCCAGUCUUCUCAGGUGCAUCCCUCCCACAUCACAUACAUCUGUGUGAGCAGCUUCAGGACUGUGCCUUUAAAUCAUACCUAGGAAAAUAUUCUCGCUGCUCUGUUAAUUACAACAGCAAAUUGAACAAAUGCACUUACAGCUGAGUUGCUGUCGCCAUUUCUACAUCAGUGUAAUUCAUGCUUGUAGCCCAUGAUAGGAUUUUUAAUGUCAUUACACAGUAGGGCAAAGUCUUCAUUUUUAAUAAAAAUACAAAUGCUAAAAUGAAAUGGAUUAAUAUCUAAUUUUACAUCUUCAUUUACAUGAUGUGCAAAAUUAUCCUAAAUAUUUGUUAUGGAUGGAGUGGCUUUCCACCAAUUUAAGCUUUUUUUCGAACUGGAGAAUGUUAACAUAAAUUGUAGCAUAAAUCAUUGCCUUGUAGAGUACCAGAAGGCGCAUAUAAAAACCCAUAUCUUUACUGCACAUAUUUCCCAUUAACCAUAAUCUAUUAGUAAUUGAAGUUCAUUACAAAUUCUUGUAGACUUUAUUGCUAUCAUGCUGCAUGACAUAGUGAACCUGGCUUGCAUAACAAGAAGUCCUUGCUGGGAAAUAUCCUAUUAACAAUGACAGUGCAUUUGUCAUUGCGAUAAUAAAUCCAAGAGCUGCCUGUAGAUUAUAAAUUAUUGCGGCGCCAUUUCCACUGUUGUAGUUUAAAAGUUGUGUCAGCACUUCCAUUAUAAACCCCUGUUUGCAGGGGUUAUAUCUUGACCAUAAAAAUCUGCAGUGAGAUGAAACUCAGCUUACAAGUUCUCAGCCUGAAAGCACAUUUCUUCUCCCAGCACCAUUCCUAUUCCAUCCAUAUGAAAGACUGAGAAGCAAAUUCCGAGGUUGUGGAAGAUGUUUUUCUCUCUAUUUAUUUAGCUCCUAAAUGGAAGAAAAAACAGACCAUUUGACAAGUAAUUUGUUCAUCAUCUUAGAAUUUAAAAAUAUAACAUGGCAAAAAAGAUGGGAGCUCACUGAGUUUCACAGCUGAAAAGCCUCAGACUUCAUCUCCAGGACUUUGGGUAGGCACUGGGCAAGUCCUGCUUCUUUUCAAAGGAGAAACUGAAGAGGAAUGAUGUUACCUGCCUCGCAAAGGUGUUUUGAGGAUUAAUUACAAGAGUUGAAAACCUGGCAUCCACUCAAGUCAUCCUUCAUCAUGGCUAUGCAAUUCUUUGAGCUCUAUAUACGUUUUAAGUGUUAUUAAAAGAAAAUUACCAUA